AUGGAGGUCCUGGAGGAGAAGGUGGAAGAGGAGCAAAGAGAAGCAGAGUUGAAGGCUCUGGAGAUCAGUGACAGCCUGCAGGGGGUGGAGAGAGAGGCUUCUGGGGAACCAGCCUGCACCCCAAGUGAUGUGCACCCUUUUGACUGGAGCUCCGUGGACACAUCCCAGUUGCCAGCUUCCUACAGGAGCAAUUCUGUGAAGGAAGAGCAGCUGCUGGCCCUGGCUGCCCGUUUCCUGCAGCAGUUCUCCCUGCUCUGCCCUGACCGCAAGCCGCUCCUCCUGCACCCGGCCAACGAAUGCGGCGUGGAGAAGUUUGUGAGCACGACCCUGAGGCCAACCCUGCUGCCUUAUGCAGAGCUCUACAGCUGGGAUUCCUGUGCCAGCUUUGUCUCUGAUUUCCUCACCAUGGAGCCCCUCAAGUGCCCUCUCACACUGCCCACUUCCCUCUAUUCCCCAACCACCAUCCUGAGAUGCCAGCGAGGGAACUGCUUUGACUUCAGCGUGCUGCUCUGCUCCCUGCUGCUGGGGGCUGGCUACGACGCCUACUGCGCGCACGGCUACGCCACCCGCCAGCUCUGCGCCCUGGACCAGGCUCUGGAGCUGUGCCCCCUGCUCAGCCAGCCACAGGAGGCAGCAGAAGAGAGGAUGGAGAAGCCCCCAAAGUACAGACUGAAAGCCCUGCCACACCUGCAGAAAAUGCUUGAGCUUGAGCAGGAGAGCAAGGAGCAGGCAGAGGCUGGAGCUGCUCAGGAGAACAAGGAAAAAGAAGUGGAGAAGGAAGAGGAGAGGCCCAAGGCUGACCCUUGGCAUGGUCUGAGGGUGCAUGCCUGGGUUCUGGUCCUGUCUGGGAGAGAGAGUUGCUGAGCCCUUCUUCAUCAACCCCUUCACGGGCAGGACCACAGCACCCAGGAUGAGAACUUCCUGGGCAUUGAGAGCAUCUGGAACCACUGCAACUACUGGUGAAUGCAGGACUGCAGGCAUGGCUGCAAGGACCUCCUCUUUAACCUGGAGGAUGGAAUCUGCUGGGAAGCAUUCCUCUCAGGGAGCAGCAGGGGAAAGGAGGAGGCAGCCAGGAGCUUUGCUAUGCCCCCCUCAUGGGUAGCCCAAAUUCAGCUCUCUCCCCAAGCGCUGCGGAGCCGCUGUGCCGGGGGCAGGAAGGUGAUGCUGUACCGGAGAGCCCAGCUGGAGACCUGGGGGCCGCAGCGCGGCGGGCGGGGGCUGGCGGCUCGCUGCACCACCUACACCGACCGGCAGCGUACUGAAGCAGAGGAGGUGAGGGAGUGGUUCAGGCACCGAGAGGACAUGCUGGAUAGGAGAGAGAUCAACAAACAAACACAGCUCACCACUGACUACUUCAGCCCAGGACACCCCUUCCAUCUUAAAGCUCACUCCUACAGCUCCCUGGAGCCAGAGGCUGAGCAGAGGCUGGAGUUCUACGCCGAGGCUCGGGCGGACGGGCUGCAGCAGUGCGCGGCGGGCGGCAGCAGGCUGGAGCAGCGCUUCGUGGGGCGAGCCGACCUGCUGCGCCUCCGGCAGGUGGCGCUCGCCGCCGCCCCCGGCGAGCCAGCCCCGCCGGGGGGCUUCCGGCCGGUCCUGCUGAUCAGGGAGUGCUUCCACAGAGACCCAGCAAAGCCUGCUGAUGAAGAUGUAGCAGAAAGGAUCUUCAUGAUCCCAGAGAGGAAGAUCCACCUGAAGUAUCACCUGGAUGACAAAUACAUCACUGCCUCCAAGAGGGAAUUCUUCCAAGUGGCAGAGAGGGACAUGGAAGGGCAUAAAAUCCUACAGAACCAUGAAAUGUGCAUCACCUACGAGGUGGGGUCCUCUGGGAAGGGGAAGAGUCAGUACCACCUGUACCAACUGUUCCAGCAGCUGUCAGGGGAAGAGCAGAAGCUGAAGGAAGAGAUCCAGCAAUUUGAAGCAGAGGUGUUGGACAUCCUGAGGAUCCGGCAGAGCAGAGAGGCCUCCGUGGAGCUGUUGCUUCCCCUCUCUGAUGCAGAAAGGGAUGAGAAGAGGAGACAGCAGCAGGAGGCCAGGAGCUCAGCAGAGGAGAGGCUGCCGGCGCCGGAGGAGCAGCAGCUGGACCCCUUGGAGCCUUUCCUGGUCGCCGCUGGCCACGGGGGGGCGAUGAGCCGGCGGCAGGCUCGGCGAGCCCGGGAGGGCUGCCUGGCUGACCUCCGGCAGUGCCUCAGCAGCAGAAUCGACAUCGUCCAGGCUCGCUUAGAGAAGGCGGCGGCGGAGCUGCAGCAGCAGCAGCAGCGGCUCUGGGAAAAGCAGGGGCAGCUCAGCCAGGAGGAGGAGGAGGACUUCCUGGCUGGCUGCUCUCAAACCAUGCUUCAGAUCCGGAUUGCAGAGCAGAGGCUCAGCAGUGAGAAGCAGAGGGCAGUGCAGAAGUACUUUGCCCUGGAGGAGAAGCUGCAGAAGGAUCCUCGCCUGGCCUCGGCCCUAGGGGAAGCAGCCUUUGGUCCCGGCGGGCCUGAGUCGCCAGGGGCAGCACAGCUCCAGGGAGCCGACGCCGGCGUCCCCUGCCAAGAAGCCUCGGGAGGCGGCGAGCCCCGGGAGCGCCCAGCCGGCACCGCCUCCUGGGGGAACGCGCUGGCGGCAGCCCUGGAGCACAGCCGCGGCAGGCCCCCAACGGUACCACCGCUGCGCCCCACGCAGCACAGCCGGAACGGACCCCGGCCCGGAACGGACCCCGGCCCGGAACGGACCCCUUAG